CGACACAGUCGUACGACACGGCAAUCGAAAUCCGCCAUGUCGACCUUACAGGAGGACGUCUCCUCGACGAUAGCGUUCGUGAAACUCAUCGAACGGAACCCGUGUUUGUGGAAUUACUCGCUGGAAGAUUAUUCCCGGCUGGACAUCACCGGCGCGGCGUGGAAGAGCAUCGCCGGCCAGCUCGACGAUACAGAGUACAAUUGCCGGUGUCGUUGGAAGAACAUCCGCAGCGCGUUCGGUAGAUCGAUAAAAUUGGCGAUAGAAGGCAAAUCCAAGAAACCCUAUUACCUGUCGAACUAUCUCUCGUUCCUCCUGCCUUUCAUUAAAAAUUCCGGUAACAAACGAUCGGCUACGCCGCGCAAGGUCGACGACGAGGAGGAGAGCACCACGGACAGCGUGCAGGAAUCGCGCCGGAAGCGCGACAGCAGCGAUGAGUCCGAGAACGAGUUCGAAUCGUUGGAGGAGAGGUCGAUCAAAUUGGAAAGCGGGCCGGAUUCGUCGAACCGGCCGGAGAAGAGGCCGAGCAGCGACAACGAAGCGCCGCUGCUGGACUGGUUCGACAUGAAGGAGUACAAGAAGAUGAAGAGGAACGAGUACGAUCAAGACGACAGCGAUUGGUUGUUCUUCCGGUCGGUGUUGUUGGAUUUCAGGAAGUUGGAGAACAGGCGCAAGAGAGCGCUGAAGGUGAAAUUUAUGGCGCUGCUCAACGAACAGUUGGACGAAGCGGAAACUGAGGUGGCUAAUUAAUAUGUUAGAUUUAUGGUGGUUUCGUAUAUAUUUUGUUGAAUAAAAUUACUUUGAGUACAAACAUGAUAUCGGAGUCGUGUAUACCAGCAGGAAAAUGGGUUUAAACGCCUCGUGAAAAGCGAAAAGUUCGUUCCUUUUAUCGCGUUUAACGGAUUCAUGAAUAUGCAUAAAAGUCCAUUCGCCGUAAACUCCUGUUAAUAUUCACUAAAAAAUCGAAUCUUAAUGCAUCGCAUUAAGAUAAACUUCCCGUCUGUUUCUUAAUUUAUUAACCCGCAAAGGGGAUAUACUCGUAUCUACCUACCUAUUAACCACCAUUCCCCCUUAGGACAUGUGGUUAAUGCAGACGCGUUUUAAUAAUAAAGUCAAAGAGUCAAAAAAACAGGAAUAUAUUAAAGUCUCGACGUAGUUAUAAUAAACAUACAUAUACGGCGAGGUUGUUAAAAAUUUCUGCAAUCUGCACUAAAGCGGACGGAUCGUUGAUUUUCCAAUAACAUUUGUAAUUCGACAAAUUGCUUUCCGAAAGUAAUUAAACUCGAAAACUCGCUGCUCGCGAUUCUGUUCCAUUGCUGACCGAAUGAAAUAAAUAUUUUGCAUGCUGUAUAUACAUACCUGCUAGGUGUAUCGUUAACAUUAUUUAAUCAAAGGAAAUGUAUACAAAUGUUAUUUCCCUAUAUAAUACUAUUAAAUUUUGUAUAGUUUAUUCGUUUCUGUAUAGCUGGAAAUGUUUCAUUUUAUUGUAUUCUAUUA